AUUUCAUUAAAUCCAAGGUUACACAUUUCAUAUUAGAUAAUGACAUGUAAUCUCAUAUUCGAAUUGUUUUUGUACAGUAAAUGUGGUUGUGUAUACAGUAAUAAUGGAAUUAGAAGAACAAAAAGAAUUAAUUGACAAAGUCGCAAAAGAAAAUGGUUUCAGUAAUUAUCAAGUGAUUUCAAACGCAGGAUCAUCUAAAGGAGACAAUUUUUUGGGAAUAAUAAAUUCAAUUACAGUUAAAAACAGUGACAAAACGUUGAAUUUAAUUCUCAAAUCUGCUAAUACAAACGAAGCUUUUAGAAAUGCUGCUCCACUUCAUGAAAUGUAUUCACGAGAAAUAUAUUUGUACGAACAAGUUUUUGUGGAGUUCAAAAAGUUUCAAGAUAAACAUAAUAUUGUAGAUCAAUUUGUCAGUAUACCCAAGGCAUACAUAUGUUCUGCAGAAGUCAGUAAGGAAGCACUGUUAAUGGAGAAUCUAAAAACAGAAGACUACAAACUUUGGAACAAGAAAAACCCCAUGAACCCAGGACACAUAAAAGAGGUUCUAAAAGAAUAUGCCAAAUUCCAUGCUAUUUCUCUGGCCAUGAAAGACAAAUGUCCCGAAAAAUUUAAUAAUCUUACCUCUAAAGUUCACGAUAUCAUUUUUGAUGACAAUCUGGAUGUCAACGAUGAAGAAAAAUUACAAAAUUUUAUAACUUCAGUGAUGAGUAAUGGAUACGAAGCUGUAUCUGGUGAUGCAGAAUUGACAGAUUGUUUAAAAAAUGUUGAAGAUAAAAUUGUUAAUAUAUUGUCAAAAGUAUUCAAAGACGAAAAAUAUAAGUUGGUAUUGACACAUGGAGAUUGCUGGUGUAAUAAUUUCUUAUUUAAGUAUGAGGAUCCUGAGAAUAUCGAAAAUCCUUGCAGUCUUCGAAUAUUGGAUUGGCAACUUUCAGCAUUCUCUACACCAGCAUUGGAUAUAAGUUAUUUCUUCAUAGUCAACAGUUCAAAACAAGUAUUUGAUGACUAUAAAACAUAUCUCAAACUUUACCAUGAUACUGUUUCGACACAAUUGCUCAACUUUGGUUGUGAUCCACAAAAACUUUUUCCAUAUUCGUUGUUUGAAGAACACUUAGAAGUCAUGCUUCCCUUUGGUCUCUACAUGAGUCUGAUUGUCACUAAAGUAAUGGUUUCUGAACCUGAUGAAGCUCCUGAUCUUGAAAAAAUUUCGGAAAAUGAUGGCGAUCUUACAAACAGCAUGAGUUUUAGUGUUAAAAAUAAAGCUGAAUAUAAUAGACGAGUAAGAGAUGUUAUUUUGUUUUUAAAAGGCAAUAAAUAUAUAUGAUUGUUUUAUAAAUACACAGAGUGUUCCAAUGAAAAUUUGACUCCCAAAACUCAGAAACCAAAAGUUUCUUCACAAUUUAAAAGACAUGUCAAUUUCCACUGGAAGGGGGACAAAUUUUAAUGCAAAAUUCAUGCCCUCAAAUGUAACCCCCUACUGGCCCGCAUUAACCCCCAUUUUUUAAUACCAACUGUCCUCGAGUGCCACAUCAUUUAAAAGGUAUUUUUUUCUCUACAGGACACUAUAACUUUUAAUUUGCCGAAUAACUUCUUUGCCUAAAGAUAAUUUUGGAUUUAUUUAUAUUUAUUGGUUGAACAUCAGUAAAAACAACAAACAUAAAAUUUUAUCAAAUUAACCAAUUAAAUGUUCGAAAUGACCUCCUCUGACAUCCAUGCAAUAAUGCAGUCUAUUUUCAAAGCCUCUUCGUACAUUUGCAAAUACCUCCGGUGUCAAUAAUCUGUCAUUCUGUCCGGUAUUCUGUCACAAUUCUUUGUCGCAAAUACGUCCUUUGUUAGGUAUCCCAAAAAAAAUCCAAAGGCGAAAGAUCCGGUGAUCUAGCCGGCCACUCUUUUGGACCUUUCUGUCAAUCCCACGCCCUGGAAAACGUUGAUUCAAAAAUUGUCUUAUGCUAAUAUCAUAAUGUAGAGGGCCCUGUCCUGUUGGAAAGUCAGUUCAUCCUAUAAAAGAUUUGCAGAGUGUUUGAAUUAUUUUAUUGGAGGUUACUAAGAACAUUUAUUUAUUGGUUAAUUUGGUGAUAUUUUAUGUUUUUAUUAUUAUUACUGAUAUGCAACCAAUAAAUUAGUUCGAUCCAAAAUUAUCUUCAAAGUUAUUACGUAAAUUAAAAAAAAAUAAGGUGUCGUGUAGAGCAAAAAAUUACCUUUUAAAUGAUAUGCCACUCGACCACACUUGCUAAUUAAAAAAACUGGGGGUUGACGAGGGGCAGUAGGGGGCUACAUUUGAGGACAUGAAUUUUGCAUGAAAAUUGGUCCCCUCCCAAUAUAAAUUGACGUGUUUUUUAAAUUUUGAAGAAACUCUUGGUUUCUGAAUUUCUGGGAGGUCAAAUUUUCGUUGGAAUACACUGUAUAAUAUAAAUAUAGAUUUUUAGAUUCA